UUCCAUCGAUCCCACCACGCUCCGCGAGGUCUCCCUCCUCCGCAUGCUUUCCAUCGAUCCCCAUGUCGUCAGGCUUUUGGAUCUGAAGCAAGACCAGAACAAGGAGGGGCAAACCAUUCUCUACCUAGUCUUUGAGUACAUGGACACGGAUCUGAAAAAGUACAUCAGAAGUUUCCGCCAGAGCCAUGAAAUGAUGCCACCAAUGACUGUUAAGAUUUUGAUGUAUCAACUCUGCAAAGGAAUUUCAUUCUGUCAUGGUCAUGGAGUGUUGCACAGAGAUCUUAAGCCUCACAAUCUUUUAAUGGACCGCAAGGCUAUGAUGCUAAAAGUUGCGGAUCUUGGACUCAAUCGUGCUUUCACCAUUCCCCUCAAGAAAUACACGCACGAGAUGGCAAUUCUUUGCUCUGCCAAUAACACUAGCGUGGCUGUUGCACUGUGUCUACUGCUCCUCAUCAAUCUGUACACUUGA